GGCGAGUGGAUUUUGGCAGGCAGUGAGUGCGGACCAACGAUUGAACGAUAACAAGAACGGCUCUCACCAAGUAGGACUCGGUUCCCCUCGUUCGUACCAAACAGCCGUUCAAAAGAAUCGGCUCGUUCGCGACCGACACAUCACUACUGUUUGUAGUCACUUGACGUCUCUCUGAGGAACAAAAAGGUAGUGGAGAAGUCAGGAUAAAGAGUGAAGUGUAGAGAAUUAGCAACAAAGAUGCAUUUCAAAGUACGGGCUGCAACAAAAGAAGACUGCAAAGAAAUAUCGAGAAUGAUAUUGGAAUUGGCGGUUCAUGAAAAAAUGCCCGACCAAGUGAAGAUAUCCCAUGAAGAACUGGAGCGGGACGGUUUCUGCCAGAAUCCUUCCUUUGAAUGCCUCGUUGCAGAAGUGCCUGAGGAGAAUAAAUCUAAAGAUGGAUUCACAGUAGUUGGAUAUGCCCUUUACUUUUACACUUACAGUACAUGGAAGGGGCCGACAAUGUUUUUGGAGGACCUGUACGUGAUGCCAGAAUUCAGAGGAAAUGGAUUUGGAAAGGGUUUACUGUGCAAAGUCGCUAAGGUGGGGAAGGAGAAGCAGUGUGUGCGGCUGCAGUUAUCAGUGCUGGACUGUAAUACCCCGGCCAGAGACUUCUACGCUGCUAAAGGCGCUCAGGACCUCACAGACAGCGAAGGAUGGCACUGUAUACGCUUUGACGGACAAAACCUGGACAAUUUAGCCAAUGAGGCUCCAAAAGAUUAAAUGUCUGCCGAGGAAAACAUGUAUCUUGCUCUGAAAACAUGUCACUGGUAUUGAAACAGUGCCAAAUUAAGCUUCACUAACCUGGCAUGCUCCUGGUUUAACAAUCAUGAAAAAAAUUAUGUUUCUUAUUUACAGUGACCUACAUGAAAUCUAUCAUUUUAUAUACUCAUCUUUUUAAUAAAGUACCUUUGACCCUCA